AUGGUUUUCACCGCCUACUAUAGGCGAUUACGCUCAUUCUACCUAUUCUUUAUUCUUCUUGCUAUUGCAUUACUUUUCCUCAGCAGCCGUGAGAGUACCAGGUCUAUGCUACUUGGUAAAGACUGGCAGAACCUUUUCACCACGGAUGACGACCUAUUAUGGUGGAAUGACCGUUUCCCAUGUGAGAAGCAUGAGCCGAUACGUAUCGCUAUUGUCGAGUCUGCCGGUGUCCACGAUGAAGUGACGGCAGCGUUGGUAUACGCAUUUGGUGGACACCCGAACGCAGAGCUGAGACUCUACUUUGCCAAACAGCGCUACCAGUCUGAUGUUAUCGUCAACGACCUGGAGCUGGAAACGCCCAUUAUGUCGGUCAACAGCUCCAACUACUUCAAGAGGGACGUCGCGAAUCUUCCUCCUCCCCACUUUGUUGUCUCAACGACUUGCGAACUGGACCUUGAGAAGCCAGAGUCCGUAGUAGCUCCUCUCCGACACCUUUUGUUCAACGAGACAACGCAUUUGUUCUGCCUGGUACACCACGCCGACUACUGGAACAAAGGCAAACAUGUCGAUGUUGUUAGAGAAUGGGUCGACCGGGAGCGAGUUGAUUUCAUCGGCCUCAGCCAGCACACGGUUGAUUAUCUUCUGCAAAAAUCAGUACCCCAGUGGCAAAACUUGCAGGCAAGUGUCACGGCACGAACAUUUCCCCCAAUUUUCCCAGUCAACCAGACACACAACGAAACUUUGCGGGAGAUUUCACUUGCUAUGCAAGGCGAUUAUGCUCCCGAGCGCCGAGACUACAACCGAAUCUUUGGCAGCCUGGACAACGUCGUGAAGAAGAUUAACGAAAGUGCUGCUACAAACAGCGAGCACGUUGAUGAGACGGUCAAACUACACUUGAUCGGACAUGGUCCACACGUCAAGGUGCCUGAAAACAUCCAGAGCAAUGUUGCAUUUGACGAGGAUCUUUCAUAUCCCGACUUUUACAGACUACUGUCACAAUCAUACGCAGUUAUUCCUGCAUUUGCAUCUGACACCUACCUCGACCGCAAGGCCUCCUCUACAGUCCCCGCCUCACUUAUUGCGGGAGUUCCUUUGGUGGCGAGCGAAAAGCUUCUCGCCUCCUAUUCAUAUUUGCCGCGUGAGGCAGCCUGGCUUUCAGAGCCAGACGAAAGGGAGAUGGAAACAGUCGAAAGGGUGGUUGGCGAUAGGAAAGCCUUCUUGGAGAAGAAAGAGGCCGUCAAGGAGGCUGCCAAGAAAAUAAUGAAACAGAACCGGUUGAACGUGAGGAAGUGGAUGGAUGAGGAUUUCCGAAAGAGUGGGAUUGUCCCGGCGGAUGUUGGCUCGGCAUGA